CGUACAGAUCCAGUACUGAGGAUACCUAGGUACACAGAACUUGCGACAAUUACUCCUUUUCUGGUUCCCUUCCUCGACUAGUGUCAAUCUCGACAUGAUAGCGUGAGAGACAAGAGGCACAUCCGCAGUCAUGGUACAGCUUACGGUAACGCCUUCCAUCGCCGCCGGUCUGCAGAGGCUGGUUGAGGUGAGAUCGCGCCGGGACAAGACGGACGCAUCGAAGACGGGCAUAGCAGCGCAGGAAUCGACGUCGGAUGGGUCAGCCACUUCUGUAGCAACGCCCGACGCAGAAGAACCGACUCUCAAACCCCGGGUCGUCGGGGACCCCAUCACACAUAGCCAGGUUCUCCAUCUGUGGAGGGACCUGAAGAGCGAGGGCAUUGAUGGAUUCAGCUUGGAGGGUCUGCUCCGAGGCGCCAACGUGUACAUUCCUCCGCCGCCUCCGAAGCCAGAGCCUUCUGCCGAGUACAAAGCCUUGAUGGCCCGCCUGCGACGCGAAGAAGAGGAACGAACAUACCAACGCAUGAUGAAGCAGCCGUCCCGGACCGACAAUUUUUCUCAGCAGGUCCCCGGCGCCGCUUCGAGAGCGCACGCAUUUGCCGAAGUGAACCGUCCCAUGCGCGAGGCCGACAACGGCGAUGACGAGGUUACGCUCGGCGAUGUGCAAAAACAGGUCAUGGUCAUUUUCAACUUCCUCGUCAGCAUCGUCGGCGUUGCCGCGACGAUAUGGAUCGCUUCCCGCUGGUGGACAGUCACGGCGCGCAUCUUCCUGACCCUCGCUGGCUCCAUCCUUGUGCUUGUCGCAGAGGUCGCCGUUUACUCGGGAUACGUGUGGAGGAUGACAGAGGCCAAGGCAAGCCGUAAGGAGCCGGAAGAGAUCAAGGAAGUGAUGCAGACAUGGGUCUUGGGUGAGGACGGUAGCGGCGGCAAGUCGGGAGAGGACGCAACGGUGCUACUCGACACCAAGACACCAGACACAGACGAGGGAAUACGGCGACGACUGAAGGGCAUGUCGUAGUUUGAUGCAACAAAAUACAACGAGCAUCACGAGUUCAAGACACCGAAUGCUGCGAGUGUACUGGCUCGCGUCGCAUCGGAGCUCACCCGUCCGGUCCAAAGCUGCAGCGACA